GAGAGGUCCUGGUCCAAGGUCUCUGAGACACACAGCGAUCGAUCCGAGUGAAGCCAUUGGUCAUGGCGAGCGCGACUCCCAGUGAGAGUGUGGAUAGUGAGCUGCGCUGCUUCAUCUGCCUGGGCACGUUCGUCUUCCCCGCCACGCUGAGCUGCGGACACUCGUUCUGCCUCCGGUGCCUGGAGGCCGCCUGGGAGACGGCGAGCAGCUUCAGCUGCCCGCAGUGCCAAGCGACCUUCCCUGUACGACCCCAGCUGAGGAGGAACGUGGCACUCGCCAACCUGGUAGAGCAGCUCAGAGUUGGAGACGGGAUGGCCGCAGUCGUCGUGUGUGACCACUGCACUGACGGCCACACUCCUGCACUGAAGACCUGCCUGAGAUGUGAGAUGUCCUUCUGUGCGACACACUUGCAGCCUCAUGUAGAUAAUCCCAGGUUGAGAGAUCACGUCCUGGUGGCUCCCAUCGCGAAAAUGGAGGAGCGGCGUUGCCGGGAGCACAGCAAGGAGCUGGAAUUCUACUGCACAGUAGACAGCAGCCUGGUCUGCGCUACCUGCACUAACGCAGGUGAACACAAAGGACACAAGGUCCUGACGCUGAAGAACGAGCACGAGACACGGAAGCCGCGCGUAGAGGAGGAGACGCGAGCGGUGGAGAAGAAGAAGAAGAAAGCGAAGAAGUUCGUGAAGCGGAUGGAGGCUGCUCGCAAGGAGGCGCAGGAAUCGGUGGCCGGGAUCAGAGGUCGAAUUACGGGCAAGUUCGCCCGCCUAAGGAAGGCUCUGGAUGAGGACGAGAGAGAGGCUCUACGUCGCGUGGCCAUGAAGGAGUGCGAGCUGCUGACCCGGAUCAAGCAGUACAUCGCUCAUCACGAGCAGGAGAUCGACGAGCUCCAGGCGGAGGUCGCUCGCCUGCGCGCUCUGGAGCAGGGGCACUUGGAGGAGACGCGCAGGAGAGAGAUCCCAAAGGAAUCUGCACCCCCACCUCCCACUUCACUGGACGCUACCACGAUCCGCUCCCUUGAAAGGGUCGUGAACAGAUUCCUGCCUUUCGCUUAUGGACGCUCACCGACUCUGGACACAAACUCAGCCCACGACCUCCUCCAGAUUUCCUCGGAUCUCAGGACGGUGACGCGGAGCGGUGUCCGCCAGGAUCGCCCCCAUCACCCACACCGCUUUGAGUGGAGGCCACAAGCCCUCUGUUCUGAGAGCUUCUCAUCGGGUCAGCAUUACUGGGAGGUGGACGUGGGGAGUGCGAGGUGGUAUAGGGUGGGAGUGGCGUACGGGACGAUCCCAAGGAGAGGGAGUGGUGAUGAGUGCCGCCUAGGAAGGAGUGACGUAUCCUGGUGUCUACGGAAACGUGGCGACGGCUUUUCAGUGGUGCAUAGUGGGGUAAAGACCUCACUGUCGGUGCCGGAGCCUCCGCGGAGAGUCGGGGUUCAUCUUGACUGGGAUGCGGGGCUGCUGUCGUUUUACAGCGCCGACUCAUUGGCACCGUUGCACUCGUUUCACCAACCCUUCACUCAGCCCCUACAUCCUGGGCUGGGAGUGGGGUGGGGUGACUCAUUGAGGAUUGUGGAUUUGAGUGGUGCGUCCUGAGAGAGGUGAACGCGAACAGCGCAGAGGGCAGACACCACGACGCAUGGCGCUCGCCACCCACGUCACCGUCACGUGUAGUGCCACGCCCGUGACUGGCUGGUGGCUGUCGGUGGCUCGGGGCUGCAUGGCUCUCCAUCAUAACCUUCAUAGGAGGGGGGGGUGAUAAAAAUACGUACCGCUCUGUGUGUGUGUGAAGCAAAUGUGGAUGUGUUCAUGCUGCCAGAGGAGUGUGACUGUAGUUUAGGGGUGCAGUGAGUAGCAAUGGUGAACUGGGAUGUGUUUAUACACUUGUGGUGUCAUGGAUUGUGGGAGCGAUACAACAACAAUAAUAACAUUAAUUUUAAAAAGUAUAAAUGUAUGCGUACGACAAUGCCAUUGCAACGCUUGGAUAUUUGAUGCUACGAUGAAAGUACAGAACACAAACAACAACAAUGUAGUUGUGUACAGCGUAAUUCGUGCUCACUGCAUCCCACAUGUCGUGAUUUAUUUUAUUUUAAACCUACGUAACUUUACCGAAAGAACCAAAUAGUAUGGAUUCCUGCAGUCCCGAAAGCUUCAAAUCAAGAUUGAACCGCCUCUAUUUGGAGGGUUUUCACAAAUAUGUUCGAGCUUUUAACACACUGCGAGACAAGAGGGCUCACCUGAUCGAGUCGCUAACCUUUCUCAAGAGACGCCGCGAUAACAAUGUAAUACCGAUCGCAUUUACACUCACAUCUGCUGCUGUCACUUCUCCUAACGCUGAACGGAUCUUCUUCAAAGCUAGCCUAUCGGUCAUCUCAGAGAGAAUAAGAUUGCUCCGAUUUGAACUUGAUAGUUUAGACAAGACACUCUAACAAUCACACUUAAAAUUAACAGAUAAAAUGUCCGCUUCUGAUUAGGACCAUGUAGAUAACAUCACAGUCUCUUCUGCUACUUCAAUGUCAACCAAAUGUAAAGUUAACUUGAUUUCUAAAUUCAACCUCCUGUCAAAAAAGAAGCCAGAGCCACACAUUAAAAAGUUAGAUGUUAACAAGAUUGUCAUCAAUCAGAGUAACAUCCCAAUUUCCGACAGCAUAAAAUCGGUACUAGCUACAGGGUUGAAUUUUGUGUAACCCCUAAACAUAUCCCAGUGGAUGGUAUAAAAGCCCAGGUCGACGUAGCCCUCAAAGGCUUGGGACACAUCCCGACAGACGUUGCUAGAUCUGAAAUCGCUGCUAUCCUCAAAAACGCUAAGAAACCCAUUAGCAAUAUCAGCAAGGACGAGCGUUUUUAAAUCCUUUAUAUUAAGUUCACUUGCUUGCGCGCUUACGACCGUGCAAAUCUUUCGGUCGUUUUUUAACCCACUUCCCGUGAUCCAAUCGAGCUGACAUUUUUCACACAGACUCGUUGUGCGUGACAAUUUAUUUUCGUGAAUUUUUUUUCUCCAAAAUGUUACACUUUUUAGGAUUUUUUUUUUAUAUUUAAUUACCAAUUACUUAAUGGUGGCAGGCAAUCAUCUGACCCAUAGGUGGCAGCCAUCUCAAGCCAGAGGACGAGAGGACUCGCAUAUAAAGGAUUUAUAGUGAAAAACUUUGUUUUUACGGGUUAAUUUUUUAACUCUCUAAAUUAAAAACAGAGAUGACAUUGUCAUCCUCUCAGCCGACAAGGGCAAUGCCACUGUCAUCAUGGAUAAAACCACUUACAACAACAAAAUGCAGGAACUUCUGAAUUAAUGGCACCAUUACCAAAAUCAACAGAGAUCCAACCAACUGCAUAGCUACUAAAAUCAACAAUAGCAUCACUAAAUCGACUUCUCUAAUCGAUUAGACCAAGCAGAGCUCCCUAAAACAUUCGACUGCUAGACCACCAAGAUUAUAUGGCCUUCCAAAAAUGCACAAAGUAGGUACCCUGCUCCGUCCUAUCGUCUCCAUGAUUAACUGACCCACCUACAAACUGGCCCAAUUUCUGUCUGAGACUCUGCUUCCUUUCACUGGCUAGUCCACCUCAGCUGUACUUAACUCAGCUCAAUUGAUUUCUCUAAUCAAGGACAUAUCACUGUCUCCAGAUCAUUUGCCUGUCAGUUUCGAUGUAGUAUCUCUGUUCACCAAUGUACCUGUACUUGACACCAUUGCAAUCAUUGAAGACUUGGUCCAACAAGGACUGAAUCCAGAUGUACCAACUUUUGUAAGGCACUGUCUUACCAACACAUACUUAACCUGCAAUGGUACAUUCUAUAGACAAAAUGAGGGUACCCCAAUGGGUUCUCCCUUAUCGCCAGUGGUAGCUAAUGUUUUCAUGGAGAAAUUUGAGAGAGAUGCCAUCCAGACAUCCACCAUACGUCCUUCCUUGUGGAAGAGAUGCGUAGAUGACACGUUCGUCAUCUGGCCACAUUGCCUACCAGCACUGAAUCAAGUUCUCAACCACAUCAAUUCCAUACACUCGUCUAUCAAAUUCACCAUGGAAGUGGAAAAGGAUGGAAAGCUACCAUUCCUGGAUAUUUUGAUCGAGAAGAGACUGAUGGCUCGUUGGGACAUUCGGUCUACAGGAAAGCAACCCACACGGAUGCCUAUCUAAAGCCUGACUCCCACCACCAUCCAGCCCAGAAGAAUUCCCUCUUCAAAACAUUACACCAUAGGGGCCCAUUGCAUCUCCGACCAGCACCACCGAGCCAGUGAGUUGGAGCACGUACACCAAGCCCUCUGGAUGAACGGAUACUCGGACCGUACAAUCCGCAAAGUUGUCUCUCCAGUCAUACAGAGACAACCUUCUGAGGAUCCAACCAAAACCAUGACUUUACCGUACAUACCAGGGGUUACCAAAAAGAUUUCCAAAAAAUUUCACAAACACAAGAUCCAGGUUCGUUUUAAUACAGUCCACAAAAUCCGUAAUCCGAUCUGUAAAAUAUGUGAUUUCUUACAUGCAAUACCCUGGUGUCUACAAACUGAGUUGUGGUUGCAGCAGCAGUUACAUUGGGGAAACGAAACGACUGGUCUCGGACCGCGUCCGUGAACACAAGGCAGAUCAGAAACACAGUAGGAACAAUACUUCUGCCAAUGCCGAUCAUUGUUUAAACGCUAUGGGCUCACAUGAAAUAGAUUUUUCCAAGACGGAUGUACUCUGCAAACCUACCGGCUACCUUCAGGGAUUUGUUUUUGAAGCCAUCCAGAUAUAUAAACACAGACAGAACUUCAACCGAGAGGAUGGGUACAAACUGAGCAAUCAUUGGAAAGACUAUUUUAACCACGUAAAAUCUUAACUGACUGUCAUGUUUCCAUCAAACUUGCCUAUGUCAGCUGUUAUUGCGACUCUCUGUAUCUCUCUCUAUGCCUCUCUCUUAGAUCUCUCAUGCUCACAUGUCCGUUGCAUUGCACUCUCGUGCCUUUGGAUUGCACUCUCAGGCCCACAUGUCUUUUGGAUUGCACUCUCAUACUCACAGGCCCUUUGGAUUACACUUGUUGGGUUACACUACAUCGUCGAGGAGGCUGCUCUAAUUUUUUUCUACAGUUACAUGCUAAUUUCUUACAUUAACAUCAUGCUUAUCUCUCAUAUUAACAUAGCCACUUCCGUGCCCUCUAAUUUCUCACAUUUACAUCAUGCUAAUCUCUCACAUUUACAUAGCCACUUCUGUGCCCUCGUCGAGGAGGCCGCUUUCCUUCUUUUCUACAGUCACAUGUUAAUGUCUCACAUUAACAUCACUAGCCCCGGUCACUUCUUUAUGACCCUUAGGCUACACCCAUUUAAAACCUUUUAAAACAGUCUGCCUCAGCAGCAGACUAUGCUUUCCCACCUGAUGACGGAUGAUUGUGUUGCGCCCGAAACGUCGUGAUUUAUUUAUUUUAUACCUACGUGACUUUACCGAAAGAACCAAAUAGUAUAUACAGGGUCCUUCAAUAAUUAUAUAUACAGGGUGUUUCAAAAAUUAUAUAUACAGGCUGCUUCAAUAAUUAUAUAUACAGGGUGCUUCAAUAAUUAUAUAUAAAGGGUGCUUUAAUAAUUAUAUAUACAGGCUGCUUCAAUAAUUAUAUAUACAGGGUGCUUCAGAAAAUGUGAACACUUCUGAGACUUUGCAAAGAUGCCACCAGAAAUGUGCCCCCGGGCUCUGGA